CGUGCUGGUGCUGUUGUGUUAUGAAUCGCAGAGCAUCUCUGAACCUUCAUCAUCAUCCCUGCGCUUCAGGCUGUUCAGAUAAUAAACCAAUAAUCCGGUUCAGUCGCUCGGAUAUAAAAUAAACUCUCUACUAAUCAGAUCGAGACUGAGAUGCUACAGUUCAGGUUUUCGCAGGCCCUAAAGGACUUAUACAGACCCAGCCUAACGCGCGGCGUGUCUGAUAUCGCCGGGAAUAAAGCGCGGCGACCCGUCUGCACCAGCCACGCCGGAGCGGCUCCCAGAGCCCGGCUUCGGGCUGCGGCAUGCCGGCCUCUGUGGAGCUCCGGGCGGCCGCUUUGCACCAAGACCGACGCCGGACAAACGCAGAACAGCAAAGAGGCAGAGAAGGAGAAGAGAAGGAAGGCAGGUAUCCUGCCAAGUCUGGAAGAUCUGCUCUUCUACACCAUUGCAGAAGGGCAAGAAAAAAUCCCAGCACACAAGUUCACCACGGCACUGAAAGCCACUGGUUUGCGGACGGGUGAUCCUCGUCUAAAGGAGUGUAUGGAGAUGCUGAAGGUCACCCUGAAGACCACAUCUGACGGAGCACUGGACCGACACCUCUUUAAAAAGUGUGUCCAGAGCAACAUUGUGUUGUUGACACAGGCAUUCCGGAGGAAGUUUGUCAUUCCAGAUUUCCAGUCAUUCACAUCACACAUCGAUGAUCUUUACGAGAACGCCAGGAAGCUCUCUGGUGGACAGGUGGCGGACUACAUUCCCCAGCUGGCUAAGUUCAGUCCUGACCUGUGGGCUGUUUCUCUGUGUACUGUGGACGGGCAGCGACACACUGUGGGCGACACCAAAGUACCGUUCUGCCUGCAGUCCUGUGUAAAACCACUGAAAUACGCCAUCGCUGUUCACGACCACGGCACAGAGUACGUCCACCGCUUCAUCGGGAAAGAACCCAGUGGUCUGCGCUUCAACAAACUCUUCCUUGAUGAAGACGAUAAGCCACACAAUCCCAUGGUAAAUGCUGGAGCAAUAGUCUGUACGUCGCUUAUCAAGCAAGGAGCAGGUAAUGCAGAGAAAUUUGACUAUGUGAUGAACUUCAUGAAGAAACUGGCAGGAAACGAGUAUGUGGGCUUCAGUAACGCUACGUUUCAGUCUGAGAGAUUGUCUGGAGACCGGAACUUUGCCAUUGGUUACUAUCUGAAAGAAAAGAAGUGUUUCCCUGAAGGCACAGACAUGACCUCUAUCCUGGACUUCUACUUUCAGCUGUGCUCUAUCGAGGUGACAUGUGAGAGCGCUAGCGUCAUGGCAGCGACGCUGGCCAAUGGCGGAUUCUGUCCAAUCACAGGCGAACGUGUGUUGAACCCCGAGGCCGUGAGAAACACACUCAGCCUCAUGCACUCCUGCGGAAUGUACGACUUCUCUGGGCAAUUCGCCUUCCAUGUUGGUUUACCAGCAAAAUCAGGUGUUGCCGGAGGUAUUCUCCUGGUGGUUCCUAAUGUGAUGGGAAUCAUGUGCUGGUCUCCACCUCUGGAUAAACUGGGCAACAGUGUUCGUGGUAUCAAGUUCUGCACGGAUCUGGUACAACUCUGUAACUUCCAUAACUAUGAUAACCUGCGACACUUUGCUAAGAAACUUGACCCACGCAGGGAGGGCGGAGACGAGAGGGUGAAGUCUGUUAUAAACCUGCUGUUUGCUGCCUACACUGGAGACGUGUCUGCCCUGAGGAGGUUUGCUCUCUCUUCUAUGGACAUGGAACAGAGGGAUUAUGACUCCAGGACGGCUCUUCAUGUGGCUGCAGCUGAAGGUCAUGCUGAGGUCGUCCGUUUCCUGCUGGAGGCAUGCAAGGUGAACCCUGUACCCAGAGACAGGUGGGGUAACACUCCGAUGGACGAGGCUGUGCACUUCGGACAUCAUGAUGUAGUGACCAUACUGCAGGAUUACCACAACAAGUACAGCCCACAGGAGACCACGGCCGCCGGGGAGAAGGAGACCGCCGAGAAGAACCUGGACGGCAUGUUGUAGUCCACCAACAGGGCCAAAUCACAUGUGUUUGUGUGUGUGUGUGUGUGUGUGUGUGUGUCUAAUUCUGAAAAUCAUCAGACCAGUAUAACCAGUGUAGAUAAGUGAUGUGUUAGUGCAGCUCUGGGUGUUCAUAGUAAAAAAUAGUUUCAGUCAGCAGUGCUGUGGAUUUCACUCCAGACGUGCUGCCAGGGUCUGUUUGUGUUUUAUGUACAAGUGUGUAAGUAUGGAUGGGGUGGGGGUGUGUGUGUGUUGGAUACACACACCUCUGGCGCAGUUGCUGUGUGUGUGGGCUCAUAUUGUGCUGGUUUCUUCAGUCCUCAACAAUAGGUAUGUAGCCCUCCCCUUAUCUAAUGUGUGUUUUUCACACACAGACACACACUAUACAUGUAUUUUUAGUGUAUAAUAUACAGUGUACAUUGAUGUUAAAAUGUACAAUAUUUUCACAUAUAGCUCUUUAAUGAUGUCGUUUAGAUAGAUAGAAACGCAGGAGUGAGUGCUCCGUAGAGUAGGAUUGAGCCUCUGAUCCUUUUCUUUAAUCUACGUUACAUUACUGUUCAGAAGUUUUUAAUCAGUAAUAAAUAACACUGGGUUAGCUGGACAUAAGAAUGUUAAGAACAUUUCAGAAUUCUCAUCAACUGCAAUGCCAACAAAAAUAGUGCAAACCUGUAAAUAAAUCCUGUAGAAAACUGUAGUGUAUACAGAAACAGUUGUGAUAACGUCCAGAAUGACAUUACAAUAAAAUUUAUAUUCACAGUAGUUAAGAGUUCUAGAGGAUAUUUAAGAAAAAAAGCUCUAACACCAUAAAAUAUGUAGAAUAAAAUCAUCAGGUAGUAUUAAGUUGUAAUUAAACAAAUUUCCAGAAUAACAGUGACCUCCAAAAUAAAGUUUUGAUAAAAUUAAUCUCUUAGAAUGCAGGAUCAUCAAAUGUAACAUCUACACUAAAGUUCUAAUGAAAUAUGUAUUUAUUUAUUAGGUUCUAAUAACAUUAAUAUCCAGUGUUUAAAGUUCUAACAACAUUGAUAUGAGGGAUGCACGAUGUCAAUGGAAUGAUAUGGGUAUCAGUUGAUAAUAUUUUUUUUUUAAGAAUAAUCGGCUGAUGUUUAGAUGUUUGAAACCAUUGUUUGAUAUUUAUUACAUCUCGGAAAAGGAUCAAGCGAAGCUGGCUGCACUGCUACAAUAGGCCAACACUGGCUUUUAAAAUCCACUGAUUUAAACUAUUUUUUUUAUUUAUUUUUAAUUAGUUUCAAUAGAUCUUUUGUUUUAUUGAACCUGUUGAUUUAAAAAAGACAGGGCUACUUUAAAAUCCACUUAUUUAACCCUUGUGUGGUGUUCGUGUCUGUGGGACCCGUUUUCAUUUUUCAUCAAAUGAUACUAAAAAUAUAUUUUUUCUAACUCAAACUCAUUGGCAUUGGCUCAUUUUUUGAGCCACACACAUUUAUAUUACAUACAGUAUGUUUGGCCAAGAGCUAAUAAACACUGCUUCAUUUGUCAAUUUGAACCUAAACAAAUUUUCUACUCAUAUCUUGAGUUUAAUUCAUUUUCUUUUACAUUUUAUUAAAAAACUAAUAAAAAAAGAGUAGCACUUUUUGAAAGAAAUGUAACAUAAGAAAGGUAAAGGGUAAAUUUUAACCAUGUAAGCUGUUUAUAUUGCUUGCAAUUUAGGUGAAGCGAGCAUGUGUAAAGCAUUUUAAUGUAAAAUUGCUUAAUCUUGCUGAAUUAAAUACAAGUAACAAAGUAAACGAGUAACAAAAAUAUGAACACCACACAAGGGUUAAGCCAAUUUUCUUCUUUAGUCUUAAAAGAUCUAUUGUUUUAUUUAACCUGUUAAUUUAGUAAAAGAGGGUUUAAAGCUGUGAACUGUCUACUAAGGACCAGGUAGCCAACUAAAUAUGAAAAACAAAAAAUGUAAAAACUAAUUUCUCAGGAGAAGUCUCUUUAGUAUAUACAUGUAUUUAUUGGCAUCAUCAGAUAUAUACAUGUUUAAUAUUAGAAAUCGGCAUCAGCCCAAAAUUCCCACAUCAGUGCAUACCUAAUUAAUAUCAGUGUGAAGUUCUAACAACAUUAAUACAUAGUGUAAAGUUCUAACAGCAUUAAUAUCCAGUAUGAAGUUAUAUCCAGUAAUAAAAUUAACAUCUAGAAUAACAUUCUAUUAAAAGUAACAUUUUAAUAUUUUCUAGUUAAUAAUUAUUUUGUAAUAAAGUGGAUAUGAAAAAUUAUAUUCUGACAAAAAUGUUAAAAAUGUCGCUCUGUGUUUUAUGUGCAUGCUGCACAAUAAAACUGUUCUUCAACCCAAUAAAAAGAAAAUAGACAGAAAAACAAGUAGAAAAAUCCCCAGACUGAUGUCAACCUGUAAAUUAGGAUUUAUGGCCUUGUCCAUCUUGGCCUGCGACCGCCCACUGCAGUGCUGUGGAGGAAGUGUUACAUUACUGUUAACCAAUCAGAAGCGAGACGUUAUGUCAUGAAUAUUUCUGAGUAAGAGCCGAAAUUCACUACUCCACCCAACUGAAUCAGCCUGAGUCUCUUAUAUUUUUCCAGAGCUGUACAUUAAAUGAGACCUUUAAGUUCUGAAUAUAACAUUUUAAAAUACCAAACAAAUUCUAAUAACCAAACUAUUGUGCUGUAAACUUUUGAACAGUAGUGUUUAGACUAGUGGAGUGAACGUGAGGACGACUGCAGUGUUUUGUUUGCCUUCUGAAUGGUUUAAGUUGAAAUAUUUUGAUUGUAUGGAAAUAUUUGCACUAGUUUUUGUGUUUGUGGUGGUGGCCAGAAUGUUUUUAGGGACCAGCUAUUUUCUGUUGCAGCAGCUGCUCAUACAGAACUUGUCGAGUGUGAAGGCAAGAAAAAACACGAGACAAGAAAAUGUUUUUUUUGGUAACAGUUAUUUUAUUUAUUUAUUAUUUUUUAUGCAUUUAUUUAUUUAUUUAUUUUUGUAAGGGAUGUAUAUCGAACAUGAUAACACAGAGUAGUUUUUCCCUUAUGAACUUUUAAUAAUAAACUUGUAAAUGCCUGGAUAGACUGAGGAGACGUGUUCAGGUAGAAAGGUGCCCCUUUCAGUCCAGGCUGAAAAUGUUUUACUGAAUUUUCAACAGAAAAUAUACAUUUUAACUUGAAUGAAAAUAUGUAUUCAUAUGUAACUAUGAUGCAUAUUGAAAUAUUGGAAAUAUUGAUUUUGUGUAAGCAGAAAAAUCUCCUCAGAGUACCGCAGGCAUCCAUCAAAACCCACUACCAGUCUGUGAAAGUCCCCAAGAACCCUCCAGAAGAAUUACAUUAAUCAGGUUGUUGUAAAUGUUAUUAAAAAAAAUACAUAAAACAAAAACAUUAUGUAGACUGGAGCACAGAAAUACGACGAGCACAAGAAGCUUAACUGUAUCAAAGUGAUUUUCUAUUACAAAACACUGAAAUUGCUACUUGAGUACUGUGUGUGUGUGUGUGUGUAUAUAUAUAUAUACACGUGUGCGUGUGUAUGAAAGUGUGUAUGUAUGGGUGUGUAAGCAUUUGUGUUAAUCUUGUGAAAGCCAACAAUUAUUCAUAGAAAAUUACAAUGACCCAAGAAAAAAAAAAAAACAACGGAAAACUAAACUAAACCCACUUCCACUGUAAACUCCGCCCCCUUUAGCUGUAGGUCCGUUUUAGUGAUUUCUCUGUUUAAACUGGUGGUAAAAUUCAGAUCUGUUUGAACCGGUGUAUUAUGAAUGUAUUAUAUUAUAUCUUGUCUUUGUUUUUACCGUGUUGCUGUUCCAGGCUUGUAAACUUGUGUUACAAAAACUGCACUAAAUAUUUAUUUCACUGAUUAAAUCACUAAUAAAGUGAAGCUUCAACACA